AUGUCAACAGGCGUGCGUUUCUUUAACUACCGACACCGAGUGCGACAGAAGUUCAUCUCCCGGAAAACGGUGAACCUGCUUUUGAUUCGAUACGAUCGACUCGAGGCCCGGUCCGGCUUGCACGUCUGCUUGCUUUUUAUCAUUCUGCAACUUGCCAAGACUUCCCAGCAUCCCUCACCACCUCACUCGAAGAUGAAACUCUCCAUUUGCCUCGUUCUUGCUGCGGUCACAGCUACGACGAUCUGUGUACAAGCUACGGAUAUCCGUCGGAACGAACUCCUUGAUGGACUUGACGUGCUUUCUAAUAUCCUCACGGAUAAGGACAGUCGGGUGUAUGUCGAAGAUGAUGGACACGACCACCACCACCACUAG